CACGGUCAAAGACUCCAGGGGUGAAGAACCCGUUUUACCCCGUGACAGGUGGCGUCAUUAGGAGUAACUACCUUCACUCUUUGUGCUUUGUGCAUUGACCGUUUCCGUGCCGCGAGCAACGUCCAGCUGUACUACGAGAUGAUCGAGAACUGCAUGUCUACUGCAGCCAAGCUAACCGUGAUCUGGCUGGGUGCUCUGCUCCUCGCCCUCCCCGAGCUCCUCAUCCGGCAGCUGGUGAGAGAGGAGCUCGAGCCUCCAGAGGUGAUACCGUGCGAACAUUGCGUAAUCCGAAUCUCCACGGCUCUCCCGGACACGCUUUACGUGCUCGGACUCACCUACAACAGUGCUCGCCUGUGGUGGUACUUCGGCUGCUACUUCUGCCUGCCCACCCUCUUCACCAUCAUCAGCUCGGUGGUGACUGCACGCAAAAUCCGCAAGGCUGAGCGAACCAGCGUCCGAGGCAACCGCAAGCAGAUCCAACUGGAAAGCCAAAUGAACUGCAUCGUUGUUGCUUUGGCUAUCCUGUACGGCUUUUGCAUCAUUCCGGAGAACAUCAGCAACAUCGUAUCGGUGUACAUGGCUACAGGCGUGCCACGGCGCACGCUGGAUAUCUUGCAUCUGGUGAGUCAGAUGAUGCUGUUCUUCAAGUCCGCGGUUACGCCUGUCCUGCUUCUGGUGCUCUGUCGGCCCUUCAGCAAAGCCUUCCUGGACUGCUGCUGCUGCUGUUUUGAGGAGUGCGGCCCACCAAAGUCCUCCGAGCCCAACAGUGAUGACAACGAACAGGACGGCACCACCGAACUGGAGCUUUCACCUUAUAGCACUGUAGUCCGCAGGGAUCCAUCUACCUUCCCAAUAGCAGGAACACACUGCUAAGGUUGUACCUUACCUAAGGGCUAAACAUUACCUAGGGCUUAGAUUUACGGAAUGAAAUAGUUGAGAGAUGUUGUUUUCACAGGCUGUGCAAUUUUGUGCCGUUUCUGUUUUUACUUGACUUUGUUUUGGGAGAGAUGCCCAAAAACUGGAUAUUUUAUCUUGUGAAAAAAGGGACAAAGAGCACAGGCCAUAUGGUUGAUGUUUACAAAAGGAUACGUGUACCAUGAGUAGUUUCUUGGAAGUUUAUAGGAAGUCUAGAAGGAUUAUAAAUUAACUUGCAUGCAUUUGUUACAUUUGCACUGUUUUCUUAACCCUAUACCGUUUUUUCCAUUUUAAUUUGGUGUAUUUGUGUUUUUGUUCAAAGUAUCUUUGAACAAAAAAAAGAGGCUUAUGGAUGGUAAUAGAAAAUGGUCGUUCGUAGUAUAUUUUGGUGUUGUGGAAAUUGGCGAUUCUUGUGAAUCGGUUUAACGUUAAGCCUAGCUCCUUUGCUAUCUAAGUAUUAAAUUCUCUCUGUAUUUUCUAGCAGAAGAACUUGUGACGCUCUUCAGCCACUGGAAAGCACUGAAGAAGCUGUUUAGCCAAGACAUGUCACUUUAAUAAAAAACAACACCACAUUGGAAGCUCU